CUUCAACAACAUUUAUUUGGACGCAAGAAUCUGUGCUGAGGACAAAUGAUCGACUGGGUUCAGUUCUUUUGAUGAAUCAACGAUGUUUAUUCGACAACAGGAAUACGUCUGGAUUCACAUUGUUGUGUUUCUUUGUCUUUGUGACUGCUCUGCUUCGCAGUUAUCCUACUCGAUUUCCGAGGAGGUGAACAAAGGCAGUCGUAGUGGGAAUAUCGCAAAGGAUUUAAACCUCAAUGUACAGGACCUAGAAACCAGGGAUCUACGUAUUGUUUCGAGUUACAGUAAGACAUAUUUUGACGUGAAUUUGCGGACCGGAAACCUGUUUGUUGACGAGAGAAUAAACCGAGAGGAGCUUUGUCCGAACACGGCACAAUGCUCCCUGAGAAUACAGGCGUUAAGCAAUCCAAUGAAUGUAUAUCGCAUUGAGAUCAGUCUUUUAGAUAUAAAUGAUAACUCGCCCGAAUUUAUUGAACAGUCUUAUUCCUUAAACAUAUCCGAAUCAAUGUCACCGGGAGAACGAUAUCUUCUCCCAAUAGCAGAGGACGCAGACAUAGGCAGUAACUCAGUGAAGAGCUACAAGCUGAGCCAAAAUGAAUAUUUCUCGCUUGAUGUGCAGAGCGCUGGAGAACACGGUGUGUCCGCUGAGUUAGUGCUGCAGAAAGCUUUAGACCGAGAGAAAAAGUCAGUGAUCAAACUUAUCUUGACCGCUGUAGAUGGAGGUAAACCUGCUAGAUCGGGGUCAUUACAAAUACAUGUUAAUGUCUUAGAUGUGAAUGAUAAUAUUCCAGUUUUUAGCAAAUCGCUUUAUAAAGUGCGUGUACUUGAAAAUGCUGCACACGGAACAAUGAUAAUUAAGCUCAAUGCAACGGAUUUAGACGAAGGCAUGAACAGUAAGAUCCUGUAUUCCUUCAUCAAACGAGGAAAUACUGAUCCAUCAAAUAUGUUCGAUCUAAAUUCAGAAACAGGAGAAAUCACUGUGAAGGGAACAUUAGAUUAUGAAGAGACUCCUGCUUAUGAAGUUAGAGUUCAAGCAAAGGAUCAAGGCACCUCUCCUCGUAGUGCACACGCUAAACUGCUGAUAGAGAUAAUUGAUGUGAAUGACAAUUCCCCCGAAAUAUCUGUGACGUCACUUCAUGACUCCGGUAAAAGAAGAUGCAGAAUUGGGCACAAUCGUUGCUUUAGUGACAGUGAGUGAUAAAGAUGGAGGAAACAAUGGUGUAACUAACUGUAAGGUGGUGGGAUCUGUUCCUUUUAAACUGAAGUCCAACUACAAAAAUGACUUUUCAUUAGUAGUAGAUGGACCACUGGACAGAGAAAGCACUUCUCUUUACAAUGUCAC